GAGAUCGUGGCCAGGUGUGACACCUCACUCACCUGUCCUUCUCCAUGACGCCAAAGAUGAAUAUCCUUCCGUUGUGGGCGAAGAUCUGGAUCGCCUUGGCCGUGUUGGGCGUCGCUUCCUCAGAGCUGGUGGAACUCUCCUACACUUUCAACCUCGAUGCCCCAACUUCGCCCAAACUCACGCCCUUUUCCCAUCGGAUUGUGAAGAAAGGCGUGAACAAAUAUGGAUUGUGGGUCGAGAUGAACGACUUCAGCGCCAGCGAGCACUCUGGCACGCACAUCGAUGCUCCUGUGCACUUCUCUGAGCGCGGCUGGACCCUCGAUUCCGUCCCCAUCAGGAGGCUGUGGCGAGUUCCUGCCGUACUGAUCGACGUGACUCACCACGUCCAGAAUUCCGGUGUAAAGAACUACGAGAUAAAAGUGCGGGACCUCGAAAUGUGGGAGGCCCAGUACGGCAUGCUCCCCGAUGGCUGCAUCGUGCUCUUUAUGACCGGUUGGGGCUCGAAAGUCCGCAACUUGAGGGAGUAUUCGGGCCUGGAUCGACACAACAAGAUCAACUUUCCAGGUGAGGAUCUGCGCAGCGGAGACAAGCUCAACUUUCCAGGUGAGGGUUUGGACCCUCUGAGGAACAGGCAGCACUAUCUGGGUCCGGGUCUGGAACACCAAAUCAAACUCAACUUCCCAGGCCUGAGCAAGGGCGCGGCGGAAUGGCUCGCCAACCACGCCACCCGUUACCACCAGCGUUGGGGCGUGAUCGGCGUGGGUAUCGAUACCCUCUCGCUCGACGUCGGGCAGUCGGUGCGAUACCCGGCCCACGUGGCUCUCUUCGCCAACAACAUCUACGGCAUCGAGAACCUGGCGAACCUGGAUAGGCUGCCCCCGACCGGCUUCUACGUGACUGUGAUGCCCAUCCGCAUCGGCGGGGGGAGCGGCGCCCCCGCCAGGGUCCUCGCCGAGGUCAACGAGCCGUACCCGCCGGGGCGGUUCAGCCACUCAGCCGGACCCGUCGCUCCCUCGCUGGCACUCCUGAUGCCGGCACUCCUGGUGGCGGCACUGAGGAUGAGGGGCCAUAUAUCGGCGUAGAACCUGAUAUUGUAUGUUUUCCUCUUUCACAGAAUAGUGUGUAUGCUCUACAGAAAAAUGAAAAGUAGAUGGAUUCAAAAUUAUCAUUUUUUUACACGUCGCUAUCUUAGUUGUAUGGAAAAAUUGAUCUGUUUGCAGUUCAGGACAAAGAUUCCAUAGAAAAUGCAAUUCCAUUUGAUCU